CAAAAACCUUUUUUUUUGCUGCCUUUCAUUAUGUCUCCAAGUUUGAGUAAAGCUACUUCUGGUGCUUCAGGCCUGGUUGAUGGCCACAAUAACCAGUGUUUAAUCUCACUGGAAGGCUCCAACUUCGUUGUCGAUGGCCAUGUUUUUCUCACCGACGUACCUGAUAACAUCACGGUAACUCCUUCCGCCGACAAAUCUGUAUCCACCGUCGGGUCCUUUGUAGGAUUCGACGCCGUUGAAUCCGACAGCCGUCAUGUUGUCCCAAUCGGGAAACUGAAGAACAUCAAGUUCAUGAGCAUCUUCAGGUUCAAAGUCUGGUGGACUACUCAUUGGGUUGGUUCCAAUGGGAAAGACCUUGAAAACGAAACUCAAAUGGUGAUCCUCGACAAAUCGGACUCCGGCAGGCCUUAUGUCCUCCUCCUCCCCCUUCUCGAAGGCCCCUUUAGGGCUUCCCUUCAGCCCGGAGCCGACGACAACGUCGAUAUCUGCGUCGAAAGCGGGUCCACCUCGGUCACCUCGGCCACUUUCCGGAGUGUUCUUUACAUUCAUGUCGGCGAAGAUCCAUUCAAUUUGGUCAAGGAAGCCAUGAAAGUGGUGAAGGAUCACCUUGGAACCUUCAAGUUAUUGGAAGAGAAAACCCCACCAGGGAUCGUGGACAAAUUCGGUUGGUGCACGUGGGAUGCAUUUUAUCUUACCGUGCACCCUCAAGGUGUUUGGGAAGGUGUGAAGGGAUUGGUGGAAGGUGGGUGCCCACCGGGGCUGGUGCUUAUCGAUGACGGCUGGCAAUCCAUUAGCCAUGAUGAGGACCCCAUCACCAAAGAGGGCAUGAAUUGUACGGUGGCCGGUGAACAAAUGCCAUGCAGGCUGUUAAAGUUUCAAGAGAAUUACAAGUUUAGGGACUAUGUUAGCCCUCGGAGUUUGGCCAUUGGUUCCUCGAAUAAGGGCAUGGGUGCCUUUGUUAAGGAUCUCAAGGAGGAAUUUAACACUGUCGACUUUGUUUAUGUGUGGCAUGCCUUGUGUGGAUAUUGGGGUGGUUUAAGGCCUAAUGUCCCUGGCUUGCCGGCUACCAAGGUUAUUAAGCCGGAACUGUCCCCUGGAUUGAAGAAAACAAUGGAGGAUCUCGCCGUUGAUAAGAUUGUCUCCACCGGUAUUGGGUUGGUACCGCCGGAAAAGGCCGAUGAACUCUAUGAAGGAAUUCAUUCUCACUUGGAAAAUGUCGGAAUCGAUGGAGUUAAAGUCGACGUUAUCCAUCUGUUGGAAAUGUUGUGCGAAAACUAUGGUGGAAGAGUUGAGCUAGCAAAAGCUUAUUUUAAAGCUUUAACGGAUUCUGUUAGAAAGCAUUUCAAAGGCAACGGUGUUAUUGCCAGUAUGGAACACUGCAACGAUUUCAUGUUUCUUGGGACAGAAGCCAUUUGUCUCGGUCGCGUCGGGGACGAUUUUUGGUGCACUGAUCCAUCGGGUGACCCCAAUGGCACAUUUUGGCUCCAAGGGUGUCACAUGGUUCAUUGUGCUUACAAUAGUUUAUGGAUGGGCAACUUUAUCCACCCUGACUGGGACAUGUUCCAGUCCACUCACCCUUGUGCCGAUUUCCAUGCUGCUUCAAGGGCCAUCUCCGGUGGCCCGAUUUAUGUGAGCGACACCGUUGGCCACCACAACUUUUCGCUCCUCAAACGUCUAGUCUUGCCUGAUGGAUCAAUCCUUCGUUGCCAGUACUAUGCACUUCCGACCAGGGAUUGUCUCUUUGAGGACCCUCUACAUGAUGGCAAAACCAUGCUCAAAAUUUGGAACUUGAACAAGUAUACUGGUGUGCUCGGCGCAUUUAACUGUCAAGGUGGAGGAUGGUGCCGUGAAACCAGAAGAAACCAAUGCUUUUCACAGUUUUCGCAAACGGUGACGGCCGAGAUGAAUCCGAAGAACAUCGAAUGGAACAGUGGGAAGAACCCGGUUUCGAUCGAGGGCGUCCAAGUUUUCGCCAUGUAUUUCUCUCAGUCCAAGAAACUGGUCCUCUCAGAACCGGCUGAAAACAUUGAAAUCUCACUGAAACCAUUCGACUUCGAGCUCAUAACCGUCUCACCGGUCACUGUCUUGACUGGAAAAUCAGUCCAUUUCGCCCCCAUUGGGCUAGUCCACAUGCUCAACACCGGCGGUGCCAUCCAGUCAUUAGCCUACAACGAAAGCUCGGUUCGAAUCGAAGUGAAGGGAAUCGGUGAAAUGAGAGCCUUUGCUUCGGACAAGCCGAUAACCUGCAAGAUCAACGGAAAAGAUGUGGGGUUUGAGUUCGAGAACAGCAUGAUUGUUGUUCAAGUUCCAUGGUCUGGUUCAUCUGGUUUAUCCACAUUAGAGUAUCUGUUUUAGAUUUUAAUGGCUACA